GCGGGGACGGGGGCGGGGGCGGCGCCUCCUCCACUCAGGCGUCUGUGCCCGGGACCCCCGGCCACGCAGGGGACGGACCGACUGACGUACCUCGCGCGCCCCCGCCCCCGUCCCCGCCCCGGCCUUAUCUUCCCUGAGCUCCCGGGGCUCGUGGGCUGAGGCGCCUCUCUCUCUCACUCUCUGCCCCUCCUCGCGGCUCUUUCUCUCCGCAGCACCUUGGAGCCCCUCGACCCGGCGGCGGCGGGGACCUGAGCGGCGGCGGACGGCCUCGAAGAUGAAGUGCAAGCCGAACCAGACGCGGACCUACGACCCGGAGGGGUUCAAGAAGCGGGCGGCGUGCCUGUGCUUCCGGAGCGAGCGCGAGGACGAGGUGCUGUUAGUGAGUAGCAGUCGGUACCCGGACCGCUGGAUCGUGCCGGGCGGGGGCAUGGAGCCCGAGGAGGAGCCGGGCGGUGCGGCCGUCCGCGAGGUGUUUGAAGAGGCGGGAGUCAAGGGGAAGUUAGGCCGGCUCCUGGGCAUUUUCGAGCAGAACCAAGAUCGCAAGCACAGAACGUACGUGUAUGUACUGACUGUCACUGAGAUUCUGGAGGAUUGGGAAGAUUCGGUUAACAUUGGGAGGAAGCGAGAGUGGUUCAAAGUCGAAGAUGCGAUCAAGGUUCUCCAGUGCCACAAGCCCGUGCAUGCCGAAUAUCUGCAAAAACUAAAGCUGGGCGGUUCCCCAACCAAUGGAAACUCCGUGGCCCCGUCCCUGCCGGAGGGCGAUCCCUAG